AAGGAACAAUAAGCAUCAGCAUCAGUACCAACGUCAGGAUUAGAAUCAAGAUCAGUAUUGAAGGCUUUUAUUCUGUAAUACAUCCAUAUUUACACAUAAUCUUUCAUAUACAAUGCAAUCACCUGCCAGUAGCAUCCAAUCCCCACGGCCACAAGGACGUCCAUCAGCACAACCUCAAGUGCCUUUUGACAAGGAACUGAUGACGUCCCUCCAUGUCCUACUUAAUCAACUUGGAGAAGUUGAGCGACAAGGUCUUGUCAUGUUUCAUAAAAUUGAAGAGUCGUUCAAGCAUCCAUAUACCCAACAAGAAGCCAUUGCCGACACUGCUAAUCUCUUGACUCAACUCGAUACUCUCUCAAAUCAAGCCAAAGCAACAGGAUUCUCUGCCCUAACCAUCCUCCCUAAUUUUGCUUCUAAUGUGGUCUCCACACCAUCUGCCUCCUCUUCAUCAACAACAACUUCAACACAUUUUACAGGGACUCCUAAACCCAACUUUAUGUCCCCACGUAUGCAAAGCCAUAUUCAUAACAACUUGAAUACUCAACAUGGCACCAACAAUAAUAGCACUACUGGGACAGAUACGACCAUGUUCUCACCUGGACCCGCCGUCAGUCUAGUCAAUACACCCGCAGGGUCUACACCAGCCUCAGGUGUGCUCUCUAAUAUGUCAAUAGCUACCACUACCGGCGCUCUCGGUGCUGGUGCGCCCACACCAACUGCCAUUAGCUCUACAGUCGCAACUCCUGUUGGAGCGCCUGCAUCCCUAGGAGUCACUGCGCCUUCACCUUUCCCGAGCUCCGAUGUUAUCAUGUCUUCAUCUACUCCUACAGCUUCUGGAGCCUUGGAUCCAAGUACUCCCUCUCUUACAAUAGGAGCGUUGCCUUCAACGGAUCCAAUGGCUGCAUCGACACCUCAAAUGAAUAACCCUGCUACGCCCGCCACACCUUCUGGCAAUUCAACAAACUCAUCUUCUAUAGCCCUCUCACAAAUGAUGGAUGCGCGGCAACGAGACGUCAAUGCUCAGUUUGCAGAAAAACGGAAACUUCGUGCCAACUUUAAAGUGGCUGCACAAAUGACCAAGAUUUAAAAAAUAAAAUAAAAAUAAAAUAAAAUAUUAACAAAC